UUUUAUACUGAGCAUUGUUCAGUUGGGCGGCCAGGAAACGAACUAUGUGACGUCAACACGCCACUAAAAAGAGGAGCGAGUAUUGACGGGACCCAUGUGGUGGUACACGGUGUGUACAGGGGUAGGGCUAGCUGUGUUUGAAUUGUUCCUUCCUUUUCUCUCCGACUCUAGGCUGGGUGCAACAAACACAGAAAGUCUUGACUUGAAUCGGCUAAUUCGAGGUGCACGAAUAAUUGCGGCCGUUAACCACUCUGCACGGAUGCACAGGCUCCGCCCAAUAGACAAGGAUAAGGACAAGUUUCACAUUUUUUUAGGGAGAUAAAGCAGAUACGCUUCGAUAUACAAUUAUGUUUAUUAC